AUGAGUGCUUGUCAAGACCACCACCUGGGCAUGGCCGUAUAUCGGGCGCCGUCGCUCCUUCAACCGCAUCGCGUUCGCCAGGCACUGCGCGAUGCUCAAGCAGGACUGAUCCCCCCUCUGGCCGGCCUGAAACUCGGGUUUAGCACGGUUGAAAUCGCUAGGUUCACCGCACCUCUUGGGUUCGACGCGAUCUGCAUCGAUUGGGAACACUCUGCGUGCAAUGUCGAAACGAUGACGACGAUGGUCCAUGAGAUCGCCUUCAUGAGUGAAGGGCGGACAAUCCCAUUCGUCCGCAUCCCCGGCCAUGACCAUGCCACGAUUGGGUUCGCGCUGGAUACCGGGGCUAGCAUUGUUGUGCCGCAGGUGAAUACGGUUUCUGAAGCCAAGUCCAUUAUGGCCAGUACGAAGUACGGCCCGAAAUACGGUGGCACACGUUCGGCUCCCCCUUAUCGUUUGAUGCAGGGGAUUACAGAUACUCCGAUCGAUCGAUCCAAAAGCGUCCAUGAAAACCAAAAUGAGCAAGCGGCUGUCGUGAUCCAAAUCGAGACCCUGGAGGGAUUGAGCAACCUGGAUGCCAUCUUGUCCGAGGUCCCCGAGAUUGACGCUGUAUGGCUUGGAACCAUCGACUGCCGAGUCUCGAUGGGACUCCGCUGGGAGUCUGGGGUGUCCCUGACCGAGCCUGAGUGGAAGGAGACAGUGGCAAAAUUCAAGACCAUCAUGAAGAAACAUAACAAACCGGCUGCAGGGUUUGCAGUGGGCCCUCCUGACAAGAUGCGGGCGACGGGGGAAGGCAAAGGGUUGGCGUUUGUUGCUGUCGACGUGGUGGCUUUGCUGGGCGUGGUAGAUGAGUUGAAAAAGGCUCGCCAAAUCUUUUCCCUUGGGUAA